UAAGCACGUAGCAGACGCAAAGCAGCCCUGCAGAAAUGGCGGCGGACGGGGUUAGCCUCUCGCUGCAGCUCCCAUGCGUUUUUUCACCCAAAUCGCGACAGUAUUUAGCCGUGUGUGCCCAGGAUGGCAGACUUCGCGUCUGGAACACGGACAGUAAAACCCUUCACCAAGAAUUCGUGCCUUCAGCCCAUUUAAGCGCCACCUGUACGUGCAUAGCUUGGGGACCAUGCCGGACGGUGAAGGAGGGUCCACAGAGGAAGAAGAGGAAAUCCGAGGUGGGUCAUGUGGAGGAGAAGGCAGAUCUGUUGGCUAUGGGCACAGCCGCUGGAACUGUCCUCAUCUACAGCACAGCCAAGGGGGCGCUCCACUGUACUCUGGAUGGAGGUCACAGUGGAGGAGUGAACUGUGUCCACUGGCAUCCUGAAGACAGCUUAUUAUACAGCGGCUCAGACGACACAAACAUCGUAGAGUGGGACCUGCAGACAGGGAAGACACGGAGUAAGUGGAAAGCGGACCGUGCAGCAGUCACCAGUUUAUGUGUGAGCCCCGACGGGAAACUGCUGCUCUCAGCCGGACACGUGAUCAAGAUGUGGGAUUUGGAGACCAAGGAGGUUUACAGGAGAUUCACAGGCCACUCCACGGCUGUGACGACCCUGCGCUUUGCCACCACACGGCCUCCCGACAGCAACGGCCUUUACUUCCUCUCAGGAGCGGCACACGAUCGACUCCUCAGUGUUUGGCAAGUACGGGAAGACGGAAAAGACAAAAACUCGGUGGUGUCCUUCACUUUGACAGAUGAACCCCAACACAUCGACCUCAUCACAUCCGGCAGCAAGGAAGAGGCAGUGAGGCUGGCAGUGGUUUGUAAGGACGGGCAGCUGCAUCUGUUUGAGCACUUUUUAAAUGGGCCUUGUAAGAAGCCGCUGUCACCGUCGUGUUCGGUGCAGAUGUCCGACGCGAAGGAUUCCCCGAUGCCGAUCCCGCUGCUGGCGGCGGCACUCGGAGCUGAUCCGCGGGGCGUGAUGCUCGCGUACGGCAACCAUCUUCAGCCCGUGAUGGAGAAAGUGGAGGUCAACACGGCAGAGAGGCAUGUAUGUUUGACCCGAGACGUUCGGACCAACCUGUCCCUCUCCAUGGAGACCACGGUCUCUAAGGUGAAAACUCCAAUUGUCAACGCCAAGAGUAAAGUUUUGGUUCCAGGACUGCCGGGUCACACGGCUCCACUAAAGGCGGCGGCGCCGCAGGGAACAGAAAAGAGGAAAAAAGAUGCAGACACCAAGGAGAUGUCCAUAGCUGAGCGGCUCGGUGAAAUAGACCUUGAAGCAGUUUCCGACCAGAAAGGAGCUCCUAAAGUGGCGGCCUCGCUGCAGACGGACAACUUUGCAGUUCUGCUGAUGCAGGGUCUGGAGAGCAACGACACCGACAUCCUAAAUAAAGUUUUCCAGACUCGCAAAGAGGCGUUAAUAAAAAAGACAGUAGCUCGAUUGCCUCUCCCUGCUGUUAUACCUUUGGUUGAAGAGCUAACAAAGAGGCUGCAGGGGCACCCUUUAACGGCGUGUCUGAUGGUACGGUGGCUCAAGGUCGUCCUCAUGCACCACACAUCAUACCUGGCAUCGCUGCCAGACCUGGUCACCCAGCUGGGAGUCCUUUAUCACAUGAUCGAGAGCAGAGUGAAGAUGUUCCACAAGCUCACAAAGCUGCACGGGAAGCUUCAUCUUCUAACGACCCAAGUGGCAGCAAACGACAGCAGCGCCUUGGUGUCAGAAGUUGACCAUACAGCUAAGCUGGUGUAUGAAGAGGAGUCAUCUGACGAAGACGACGUCUCUGUUGACGAAGCUCUUCCCGGUGAAGACUCUGAUCACUGGGAAGAAGAGGAGGCAAUGCAGGAGGAGGAAGACGACGACGAACAAGACGAGGAUCCCGACAGAAGAACAGAACCCAAAGCAAACGGAGACGAGGACAUGGAGCACGAAAACGAGAGCGAAGAAGAAUGAGAAUGUGACGAUUUCAAGGACCUGAAAGAGUUAUAUAUAUAAACUGUUGUUUUAUUUUCAAGCUUUUUGAUUUUAUUGUCAGAAAAAAAAAGUGGUUUUACAAAAAUCAAGGGACGCAUCUCAGUGGCAGCCCUCCCCUGCUUCUCCACGACUGCAUCUCCAGCUCGUGGUUCUUUUCACUGACUGAGAAACAUUCAGCGAAACUACAGCUGAUGCAAAUCCUCGACUCUUCCGGGCCCGCCUGCAUCCCGGCUCCACAUCCGACCAUCACAGGAGAGCUCGGCUUGUCUCUGCAUUCCACAAUGUGUCCUUUAAUUAGUCAAAUAUUAGCAUCUAUCUUUGUUCAUAGUAAUAAUAGUCACUCUGAUUGGUUUAAUUUAACUCUAGAGCUAACAUUUCAAACUCAGCACCGGCGUGGAGCCAGGAUGGAGACUAGCCUCCGCCUAGGUGUUGUACAGGAUUCAGGAGGUGGGACUGCAGGCCGAGAGCGUUCGCCGUGGUCCUUCACAGUGUAAAUCUAUAUGUACAGUGAAGUGUUUGUACGAGCUCUUCCCUCUACACAAAUCUUUGGGAUUAAAGAAACUUCUGUAAAGUCUC